AUACCAGCAGCGCAAGAGUCAAAUCCACACACACAGAGAUCACACUCAUCAGUAGCAGCACCACAACUGAGAGCAACUGUCUGCGUGUGAGUGUGUUUCAUGGUCGAAUUGACGAAGGGGGCUAAUGUGAAUUCCCGAAACUGGAUGUGCCUUGGUUGGGAUUGAUUGGGUUUGAUUUUUUUAUCAAUUAUAGAUCUUGGUGAUUGGGGUUUCUAGAUCUGGGGUUUCUCGUUUGAAUCUGGGUUUUUUAUCUCGCGAUGGCCACGGCUUAUCCCCUGCCCGUCACUGCUGCACAGGUGGGUACAUACUUUGUUGGACAGUACUAUCAGAUGCUACAGAAUCAACCGGAUUUUGUGCAUCAGUUUUACAGUGAUUCCAGCACCAUGCUUCGAAUUGAAGGGAACACACGAGAAACUGCUAGUGCUAUGCUGCAAAUUCAUCAACUUGUCAUGUCAUUGAGCUAUACGGCUAUAGAAGUCAAGACUGCACAUUCUUUAGAAUCUUGGAAUGGUGGUGUUCUAGUGAUGGUUUCGGGUUCAGUUCAUUUAAAGGGUUACAAUGUGAGGAAAAAGUUUGUGGAAACCUUUUUCCUAGCACCUCAAGAGAAAGGAUAUUUUGUUUUGAAUGAUAUCUUCCACUAUGUUGACGACGAGCUAGCUCUGCACCAUCCAAUUGCCUAUUUACCUCAGGGCAAUCUCGAUCAAAAGAUCCAUUCUCCAACUAUAGUUCGAGAACAAGUGUCGUAUGUGAUGGGUGGGAAUAUCCAGCCUAGGGAGUUCACAGUGCCUGCAAAGCUUGAAGAGAACGGCCCUAUCAAUGGCAAUAACUAUCAAGAGGAACAUAUACAGCAAGUCCCUGAAACAGAGAAGAUCCUUGAGGAGAACUUUGCAGUUCAUUCGAAUGGUUCACUUCAGGGAACAAUGAACUCUGUACCUGACCAUUUCUCGCCGCCUGUCGAAGAGCCUGCAAUGGAGCCACAAAAGCAUACAUAUGCUUCUAUAUUACAGGUUAAGGGGCAGCCUGUUCCAGCAGUGACUUCUCAACCUUCGUUUAACAAGCCUACUACGCCAGAUUGGCAACACGGGCCUGAAGUCCCUAGCCAGCCACCAGCUGCAUCAUCAAACCAAAUGGAAAGGUCUGGAACUGAAACCUUCGAAGACACAAUAGCUAUGGAAGAUGAAGUGGAAGUCAAGUCGGUGUACGUAAGAAAUGUGCCUACUACAAUGUCUGCUUCUGAAAUUGGGGAGGAAUUCAAAAAGUUCGGAAAGCUGAGGCCAGAUGGUGUUGCCAUUAGAACCCGAAAGGAUAUAGAUGUAUGCUAUGCUUUUGUUGAAUUUGAAGACAUCUCCGGGGUGCAGAAUGCUGUCAAGGCAUCCAUGGUUAAUAUUGGUGGAUACGAACUCUACAUUGAAGGACGGAGACCUAACAGAAACAAUCCCAUUCGAGGCGGAAGAACACGGGGUAGAGGCAGGGUUAGCUACCAGAUACAGGGAACGAGAGGGCGUGGUUUCAGCAGCAGGGUGGGCAAUGAAGACGGGUUUGAGCGUCCUUACAGCAGACCGAGGGGGAACGGUUUCUAUAGGCAAGCUCCUCGCCAACAAGGAUCGUCGAACGGGCAGCACUAUUCGGAAUGAGUUGCCAUUUUGCAUCUGAGGGCAAGUAAUUUUGGAGUAUUUCGCUUACUGUCAUAGUUUUCCACCUUAUUCUUCUUAAUUUACAUAAUUUAAGAAAGCAAAUUAAUUAGAUAUUCUGGAACAUGUUCGUUCUAUAUAUACUGAUUUGAGGCUAUCCAUUUAUUAUUAUUAUUAUAAUUAUUAUUUGUGCUA